CAGGUACUGUGCCCGGGUUCGCCUUGUGGCUCCCAGUGCAUUCACAGCGUGGGAUAGUACGACAAUAGAAAGUGUCUAAUUACAGUAUGGAAUGAGGAUGUAUACCUGAACUGACUGAAUCAGCUGGUGCACAGUUCUGCGGUAGAAAUGGCAAGAAAAUAGGAGGAAUCUUAAAAACAUUUAAGGUGUCCUCGCGGUAGCGCUAUCCCAGCAUGCCGUUGGUGAAGAGGAGCAUCGAGCCCAGGCACCUGUGUCACACGGUGUUGCCGCGGGCGAUUAAAAACGAGCUGGAAUGUGUGACCAACGUGUCCCUCGCCAACGUAAUCCGCCAGCUCAGUAGUCUGAGUAAGUAUGCAGAGGACCUGUUUGGGGAGCUGUUUAACGAGGCCCACUCGUUCUCCUUCCGGGUCAACUCUCUCCAGGAGCGUGUGGACCGCCUCUCCAUCAGUGUCACCCAGCUGGACCCCAAAGAGGAGGAACUGUCUCUGCAGGGCAUCACCAUGAGGAAAGCCUUCCGCAGCUCCACCACCCAGGACCAGCAGCUGUUUGACCGCCAGACGCUGCCCAUCCCCCUGCAGGAGACCUUCCACAUCUGCGAGCAGCCGCCGCCCCUCAACAUCCUGACGCCCUACAGAGAUGAUGGGAAGGAGGGGCUGAAGUUCUACACCAACCCCUCCUACUUCUUCGACCUGUGGAGGGAGAAGAUGCUGCAGGACACGGAGGACAAGAGGAAAGAGAGGAGGAAACAGAAGCUGGACAUGCCUUAUCAUGUGUGGCCGGAGGGCCACGUCAGAGCCCCCUCUGACCCCCCUCCCCUCGCCCCCCCAGAGUUGCAGGACCCCCGCAUGUAUGAUCAGGUCUAUAGGUACUUAGACCUACCAGGGCAGUUGAAGGCUAUUGACCGUGUUCACGAGCCAGAGAAGAUUCCCCGGGCACCACAUGACCGUAAGAAGGAGUGGCAGAAGCUGGCUCUGGGGGCGGAGCUAGCGGAGGAAGAGUCAGAGGAAGCCCUGAAGCAGAGGGAGGCCAAUGGCUCCACCGCCUUCCACGACAACAGGACUCCCAUGUACAUGGACCAGAUGGACGGGCCCUUCUCGCUGGCCGCGCUUCCCUACACACAGAUGAACGAACUGCUCAAUCGCACCGGGGACAGAAUGUACUCCCGCCCCCACGACCCUCCACCCCCACCCCCCAUGCACGGCCUGGGGGACAUCAAGCCACCCUCCAUGCUCAGCUCCAGUUCAGGGUUCUCAGACAGCAGACCUCAGUCCCCUGCCCGGACCCCUGGCUUCAACUCCAACACCCCUCCACCUCCGCCUCCCCCCCUGCCUCCCCCACCACCCCCCCUACCCUCCACCAUGUCUUCCUCUGGCAUGCGAGGCACGCCCCCUCCUCCCAUCCCCCCCUUACCUAUCCAACAGCAGCCCCCUGCCAUCCCCCCUCCCCCAGCCCCUCUCCAGAUCGCCCCUGGCGUCCUCCACCCUGCCCCUCCCCCCGUGGCCCCGCCCCUCCACUCCCUGUCUCCAGCCCGUCUCCAGCAGGUCCUGGACAAGGGCCCUCCCCCCGGCCAAUCCGACGGCGGCAUCCUGCCUCCCCCGCCACCUCCCCCACCGCUGCCCCUCUCAGCUGCGCGGAGCUCCUCCCCCUGCCCGCCAGGCCCGCCCCCCAUGCCUUCCUUCCCGUCCGGCGCCUCCUACUCAGGACACGAGGGGAAGAGACACCCCAGCAACCUGCCGCCAAUCAGCGAUGCCCGCAGCGUCCUAUUGGAGGCCAUUCGGAAAGGUAUCCAACUGCGGAAGGUGGAGGAGCAGAGGGAGCAGGAGGCCAAGCACGAGCGUGUGGGCAACGACGUGGCCACCAUCCUGUCUCGCCGCAUCGCCGUCGAGUACUCCGACUCCGAGGACGAGUCUGAGUUCGACGAGGGGGACUGGAUGGAGUGACGAAGGAGAAGGAAGAGCGGAGGAGGGAAGCGAAGGAGGAGGAAGGCAUGACGAGAACAAGCCUAAGCAAAGUUCAAAUAGAACUCCACAGAAGCCUGUCUCAUUGCCAUCUCAAUUCUCUAUCUGUUGGGUUAGCCUUUCCUCUGUGCUCCCUCUCUCUCUCUCUCUCUCUCUCUCUCUCUCUCUCUCUCUCUCUCUUUUCUGUGGUUGGUGUGUUUGGAGGAUGAGCUCAGUUUGUGUUCCAGGUGGUGUUCUAUCCUCUCCGACACACCUGUGAUGUCAUGACUUAUAUCUCUUAAGUCUUGUGUGACAUCAUCAACAUUGUUUAAAAAUCUACUUGUUGUACAGUUGUUAAAAAAAACGAAGUAAAUAACUGAUUUGUUGGAUUUUCGUUUUCUCGAUAACCUUUUAAAGAAUAACUUGCAGAAGACCAUUUCCAUUUGUUAAUUUGUUUUCCUCAUCGUCGAGGUGUAAAAAAGGUGGCAUGAAUCUGUCCUCAGUUCUCAUACAAUACUGCCACCUAGUGUUCAGAGGUGGUAUUUUAUCUUAUUUUUUUACUCAAACGAAUGCAGUUUAAUGGGCCACCUGUUGCCAAUAUGAACCAUUUGUGUGGAUGGCAGGUUAUCCUCUAGGUCAGCGGUUUUAGUUUUUAUAUUAUCAGCAUUUAUCUCCUCAGCCUAUGGAAAACUAUUGUGAUGAAAAGCCAUGUGGUGAUUGCUGUGUGUUAUUUAGUGACCGGAAUGAAGACAGUGUGUGGCAUCUGAGAACGUCAUCCAGCUAUCCAGGGAUGUGUAUGUGUGUGCGUGUGGGUGCGUGUGUGUGUGUGUGACAUGUAUCUGCACUCCAGGGGUGGCUGAGAGUUUGAGCAACAAUUUUAUUUUUUAUUUUUUUUACCGGGGUUUGUUUGUUUAAAAGAGCCACCAAAAUGCUUCUAGAUAAGAUAUCCUGCUGAUUGGUCAAAUGGAAUACUGGGUUCUCACAGUUUGAAAGGUUCCCACAUAUCCUCAGCUAUGAGGACAAUGAUUUACUCUUGUAACUUACUCAUUCUCAGUUCUGGAGGAGAGAAGAACAAGAAGCUGUUCUAGAUGAUUGGAACAUGUCCAUGAUGUUGUUGUCCUAAGGCCUGUUAGCAGCACAUCUGACCAAUUAGAACUACUUUUAUAAUGCAUCUGACCAAUAACAAUCACUUUUACAAUGCACCCGACCAACGAGAACCACUUUUACGGUACUUGAAGGCAGCUUAUCUCCGAGGGUCUGUCCACUGACGAGAAGCCUUACCUCGUAUGGUUCAACAAACACAAAACACAAAUGGAGGAUUCAAAUUGCUGUUAUGAAGACAAAAAAAGGAGAUGGAAAAAAAAGAGGAAGGAUUCAUUUUGCCUCACGGCCACUUUGAAGAAGUCUGACGUCCUUUGUUUUCUCUCUAUUUUCUUCUGUUGUUCGUUUGUUCGAUUUUCAUUCUUGCCUUAUUGUUUGAACAGACAUACAGUUGAGUUGAUGAAUGUAUUGUGGUGUUACUACUUUUUGCCUGCGCUUGUUUGAAUUAGCUGUUUCUAUGUUGGGGUGGGGUGGGGAGAGGCGGGUUGGGGGGGGGGGAGUGGUUUAAAAGCCCUGGUUGAAAA